GAGGCGGGAAAAUCACUAAACAUUUGUCUCAGUCGUGUAGGCAAAUGAUUUAGUAGCUAAUGGUUUAAUACCUCACUUGUUCAUUGUCUUCUUAAACAAAGAGAGACGGGGGCUGACAUAACAUUAAUUCAAGAAGAAGGUGCUAAUCGGAAUAGCACAGUAAAUGAGUUUUAAUAUCGAUAUUCGUUCGCCUAGCUAGCUAGAUUAUUUGUUAGCGUUAACAUUAGCUAACGCUCAGCAACAACAGAAGAAAAAUGGCUGCUGGAAAAAUGUGCAUAAGGAAGAAAAAGGAGGAAACGGCUGAGUGGACGGGGCUAUUCCUGAACGACCUAAAAACCAAGCAAGAGUCUCUGGUCUUCAUGAAGAGGAUGAUGGCUGUGGCCGUCUCAUCCAUCACUUAUCUCAGAGGGAUUUUCCCAGAGGAUGCCUACAGAUCCAGAUACCUCGAAGAUUUGUGCAUCAAACUUUUGCGUGAAAACUGCAAUACUCCUGGUGCCUGCAAAGUAGUGAAAUGGAUGAUGGGCUGCUUUGAUGCAUUAGAGAAGCAGUAUCUCCAGCUUGUAUACAUUGGGGUCUACACCAACCCAGAUGAACCUAAUUGCAUUAUUGAGUCCUACCAGCUCAAAUUCAGAUACACUAAAAAGGGACCAGAGAUGGACGUGCUCAGGAACAGUGACAUGAAGAUGCAGGUGACCCUGGAGGACACCAAGAGAGCCUCAGUGCUGCUCAUCAGGAAGCUCUACCUGCUUAUGCAGAACCUGGGCGCUCUCCCCAGCAAUGUCUACCUCACCAUGAAGCUCUACUACUACGACGACAUCACCCCUGCAGAUUACCAACCACCAGGCUUCAAGGAGGGUGAAUGUGACAGUUUGUGGUUUGAAGGCGUGGCUGUGCACUUCAAGGUGGGUGAGGUGCAGACGGCCUUCCACGGCCUGAGAGUUCGUGUGUCAGCGGAGCAGGGCCGGCUGGAGAAGCUUCAGGAAGGGAGCCACUUCAGGGAGGCUAAGCAGGUUUCUCCAGAGAGGGAAAUGAUGGAUCAUCGUAAGACGAUCAAUGACGAGGAAGCUCUACCUUCUGAAGAUGAGUCUGCUCAGUUCAAGAAGCCAACAAGACCUCUGGCAAAGAGAAAAGCUUCAGCCAAAACUCUGGCGAGGAAGAAAAGAAGAAUUUAGCUGAUGGGACAAGUGAAGAAACACAAAAGAAAUAUGAAUGAAUUCUUUUAACGCUCUUUAUGUUAUAUUACAGAUUACUAAAUGUGUUUGACAGGUUCAUUUGUUAAGUCACUGUAGCGACAACGUCAGAAGCUGUUGUCAUAGCUCUAAUGUAAACAACAUUGUACUAAAUUGUACAUUCAUUUCAUAUAUAAACUUUUUAAAGGUGCUUCAUUCUUUUUAGUAAUCGCCACAUACAAAAAAAAGGAAGAUGUGUAUAGUUCAAUAAAGUUUGAUUUUAGUAACUAAGGUACGUGUGGUGCACUUAAAUCGUAAUGUGAAACUCAUUUACACUUUAGUAACUGAAAUCAGCUAAGAUUCAAUGAAUAACCUUUACAUCAAUUAGUUUGGCCGAGACAAUGAUGCCAAUUAAUUUGAAUGUUUCCAAUGUUGCAUCACCACUGUUCUACUUUGUGGCCACAGCCUCAGUUUCCCUUACAUUUUGAUGCAGUUUCCUUCAUUUCAAAAACAAAAACAAA